ACAUCAUUCCCAAGCGAACGGCCAGCGAUCAACGUUUGGCCCAGCAGCAGCCGUCAACGAGAGCGAUAAGGAGCAGCUGAUUUUUGCUUUUGCUCUUGCCAUUAUCCAUUAUUUUAUCUGGCAUCAAAAACAACAACAAUUGCACCAGAGAUCUGUGACAAAAAACCAAAAAAAAUCGAAAAACGGAAAACGGAAAAAAAAAGUGAAGUGAACUCUCCGGCGCAGCGCUCUCCCGCUCUCUCGGCUCUCUCUUUCGGCGAGACUUCGGCUCCGGCUCAGCGACUUCGGGUCGCCUCUUAAAAUUACUUGCAAAGUUAAUUUUAGUCUCGGCUUUUAAUACCGUUUUAGUGCGUUUUCAAGUUGGUCGUGUUUUUCUCUCUCUCCGACCCGACUCAAAUUCAAAUCCCGAAAAAAAUAAAAUAUACAUUUUGAAAAUAAUCCAACACACAAAUAAGAACGAAAUAACAGUAUAAAUAUCUAAAAUACUGAAUGUGACUUUUCGGUGACAUAUCCUCGUUACUUUUUUUUUCGGCUCCAUUUUUUUUUCCAACGGAAAUGUAAACCAUUCGCCCCUAAGCCACCACCCCAGCUUCCUGCUUCGAAGUCCAGAACAAAAGAGCAACGAAAUUCAAUUACAUAACAUUUAAUUGCCAAAAAUAAAAUAUAAAAAAAACAAUAAACAAAAUAAAACCAAAAACAAUAAUAUCAUAAUUCACGGGUUCAAAAACGCGCUCACUAAUACAAAGGCGAACGCAUUAAAAGACGGAAGUGCAUUUUUUUUCGUUAAGCGGCAAAGCGGCGCAUCCUGUUUUUGGGGCCUUCCAUACACGCUCACGCACACACACACACACUCCCACUCCCACUGAGGACUGGAAGUCGCUCUCUUGCGCUCGCGUAUAAGAGAUCACAUAACGGCAACAUUUCUCUUGGUUUAAUUGAUUAACCAGGCCCAAAUAAAUACAAAAGGGAGCGGAGAACACAAAGAGCCAGCAAGAUGACUGGUUUCACCAACGCCGGUUUCGAGAACGAUGAGCCCGUCAAGCCAAAAGCUGGUUUCGAGCCCGACACCGCCUCGCUGCGAGAGAAAGUUGUGCUGAAUCCGGCCGAGAAAUGGCGCAUCUUAAAGAAUAUCUCGAUCAUCUCGAUCGCCUUUAUGGUGCAAUUUACAGCGUUUCAGGGCACGGCCAAUCUGCAAUCCUCGAUCAACUCCAAGGACGGCCUGGGCACAGUGUCACUGAGUGCGAUCUAUGCCGCCUUGGUGGUCUCCUGCAUCUUCCUGCCCACCCUGAUCAUCCGGAAACUGACGGUCAAAUGGACUCUCGUGUGCAGCAUGCUCUGCUAUGCACCCUACAUCGCCUUCCAGCUUUUUCCGCGAUUUUACACAUUGGUUCCCGCCGGUAUCCUUGUGGGUAUGGGCGCCGCACCCAUGUGGGCGUCCAAAGCCACCUAUUUAACGCAGGUGGGACAGGUGUAUGCUAAGAUCACGGAACAAGCUGUGGACGCCAUCAUCGUGCGGUUCUUCGGCUUCUUCUUCCUGGCCUGGCAAUCCGCCGAGCUCUGGGGCAAUCUCAUCUCCAGCUUGGUCCUGUCCAGCGGCGCCCAUGGCGGCAGCAGCAGCUCGAACACGACAAUCAGCGAGGAGGACCUGCAGUUCUGCGGGGCCAACUUCUGCACCACCGGAAGCGGCGGCCACGGCAACCUGGAGCGUCCGCCAGAGGAUGAGAUCUUCGAGAUCUCGAUGAUCUACCUGUCCUGUAUUGUGGCCGCCGUCUGCAUCAUUGCCUUCUUCCUCGAUCCCCUCAAGCGGUAUGGUGAGAAGCGGAAGGGAUCCAAUUCGGCAGCCGAGCUGUCCGGACUGCAACUGCUGUCCGCCACCUUCAGGCAGAUGAAGAAACCAAAUCUGCAGCUCUUGAUCCCGAUCACCGUGUUCAUUGGCAUGGAGCAGGCCUUUAUUGGUGCCGAUUUCACGCAGGCGUAUGUGGCGUGUGCGUUGGGCGUGAACAAGAUUGGCUUCGUGAUGAUCUGCUUUGGAGUGGUGAAUGCCUUGUGUUCGAUCCUGUUCGGCUCGGUGAUGAAGUAUAUUGGCCGCACGCCCAUCAUUGUGCUGGGCGCCGUGGUUCACUUCACCCUCAUCACCGUUGAGCUGUUCUGGCGUCCCAAUCCCGAUAAUCCGAUCAUCUUCUAUGCGAUGUCCGGACUGUGGGGAGUGGGCGAUGCCGUUUGGCAGACGCAGAUCAACGGACUGUACGGCCUGCUCUUCCGCAGGAACAAGGAGGCCGCCUUCUCCAACUACCGCCUGUGGGAGUCAGCCGGUUUUGUGAUCGCCUACGCCUACGCCACCACGCUCUGCACGCAGAUGAAGCUCUACAUCCUGCUGGCGGUGCUCACGCUCGGCUGCAUCGGCUACGUGAUUGUCGAGAUCCUCUACAGGAAGAAGCAACGCAAGGUGAAGAAGCAGGAGAAGCUGGAGGCGGCGGAGAAGGAGAAGGAGGCCGCCGCCGCAGCCGCUGCUGCCGCUCUGGCCGCUGCCGAGGCAGGACCUGAUGGCGUCGAGGAGACCGACGACGAGCUGGACGAUCUCGAGGAGGACAUUGUGGUCACGCGCCUGUAAAUGUUUUAUUCUCCCCCCAAAGUACACACCCCCAAUAUCCCCCUCACACACCCCACAUUCCAUCAAGUUAUCGAUAGAGAAGGAGCAAUUACCAACUGGAGAGAACCGGGAGCGUCAUUGAUUCA